AUGGGAGCUCUCCCUUCUGACGGUCAAUAUUCAGCUGCGUCUCACCAUCAACACAUCCUUCAACAAGUUACCAGGUUAAGUAUCCUCAAUUCUGUCGAAAAUUCAUUGGUCAGAAACUACGGAAGGAGUUUCAAUGGCUUUGAGGCGAAGCUGACUGAAUCCGAAAGAGAGAAGCUUUCUGCCAUGGAAGGCGUAGUUUCAGUCUUCCCGAGCAUCAAGUUAGAUCUUCAUACGACGAAAUCUUGGGAUUUCAUGGGGUUUGGCGACAAAUUCAAACAUAACCCCGAGGUCGAGAGUGAUAUUGUCGUCGGGGUUAUCGACGGUGGGAUAUGGCCCGAGUCCAAGAGCUUUUCAGACAAAGGCCUCAGCCCUCCCCCCGCAAAAUGGAAGGGCGUUUGCAAAGGAGGAUCGAACUUCACCUGUAACAACAAGUUGAUAGGAGCGAGGUUUUACGUCGGUGAAUCGGCUCGGGACCUCCAAGGUCACGGAACACACACUUCUUCUACGGCUGCAGGGAGCAAAGUAGAAGGCGCAAGCUUCUAUGGGAUAGCGAAUGGAACGGCAAGAGGAGGCAUCCCUUCGGCCAGAAUUGCUAUGUACAAAGUCUGCAAUGGGAAAUCGUGCGAUACCGGAGCAAUCUUGGCGGCUUUUGACGAUGCUAUAGCCGACGGUGUCGACGUUAUUACGAUUUCCAUCGGAGGAGCCCCAACAGCUUUGGUAUCUGACCCCAUCUCUAUCGCGGCUUUUCACGCUGUGGAGAAAGGGAUUUUGACUGUAAACUCGGCCGGAAACAGCGGCCCGGUCCCUGGAUCGGUUGGUAGUACCUCUCCAUGGGUUCUAACCGUCGCAGCGAGUACAACGGAUCGGAAAUUUGUCACCAAGGUUGCCCUUGGAAAUGGCAAAAGAACACAGGGAACUUCGAUCAACGGUUUCAAACUAAACGGAACGAAAUUUCCUUUCUCAUACGGAGAAUCCGGUUCGAGUUCUUGCAGCAAAGACGAUGUCAGGAGAUGCGAAUCAGGAUGCAUCGAUUCCUCACUGGACGGGAAGAUUCUGGUGUGUGACAAGCCGAUUAAAGAAGUCGAUGUCGAAUCUUCAAAAGCGAUUGGAGUUAUCAUUCAGGGAAAAGUUAAACGUCCUUUUAUUACUGGAAUUCCUCUUAGUGUCCUGCCUGAAGAUCAGUACCCAUUGCUCACAUCUUACAUUCAAUCGACAUCGAAACCGGAAGGAACUAUACUGAAAACGGAGAUGACAAAUGGUGCCGAUGCUCCUCUUAUGGCCUCUUUCUCUUCUCGUGGUCCGAACAUUAUACUCGACGUCUUGAAGCCCGAUAUAACGGCUCCGGGAGUGAAUAUACUCGCGGCUUAUUCGGUUGAGGCUCCCCUGGUGCCUGGAACCGACGAUGGACGACGUUCCUCGUACAAUUUCUUGUCCGGAACAUCCAUGUCUUGUCCUCAUGUAGCUGGCGUCGCGGCUUAUCUCAAGACCGUCCACCCGAAAUGGUCCCCGUCCGCUAUCAAGUCCGCGAUCAUGACAACCGCUUGGCCGAUGAACUCUUCGAUCAGCGAAGCAGCGAACGAAUUCGCAUAUGGAUCUGGUCAUCUGAACCCGACAAAGGCGGCGGAUCCGGGACUUAUCUACGAAAUAACAGGAGAUGACUACUUACAGAUGCUUUGCUCGAUGGAUUACAGUGCGGGCGAGCUUAAAGCCAUCGCGGGAAGAGACGUGAGUUGUCCGAAAGGAUCGAACUUGGCGGUUAAAGAUCUCAACUACCCUUCGAUGAGCGCUAGAUUCGAUUGGAGCUCCCCAUCAAAGCCUUCGGAAAUCACGUUUUCGAGGACUGUAACCAAUGUCGGGCCGGCAAGCUCGACGUAUAAGGCGGAAGUGGUAUCUUCUUCGGAACUAAAGAUCGAGAUCGAGCCCAACACCCUCUCUUUCAAAUCCGUAGGCGAGAAGAAGUCGUUCACCGUUAAGGUUACGGGGAUGAGUUCUAGGAAUUUUGAGUCGGCGACUCUGGUCUGGUCGGACGGUUCCCGUACUGUGAGAAGUCCCGUUGUCAUAUAUACUUAG